GUGCCCCGUGGACAUAUCAAAGUCCCGUACGAGGUCAACAACGAGAUCGAGGAAGCGCUGUUCCCCCGUUUGUUUCCUGGGUUGGAAUCCAUGCCGAACACGACUGCAGUGGCAGAUUCGUUGGAGGCCAUGACGACGCACGGAGAUGUUUUCAAGAUGAAGCUACUCAUGUACCUCAUCUCAGCCGUUUUCGCGCCGACCACUUCUCUUCGCCCAAGCAACAAAUGCUUCCCCAUCCUGGCGAAACUGAAAGAUGUGAAGAACAUGAACUGGUGUAAGUUCAUUGCCGACUUCCUGCAUGAUGCAUUUGCAAGCAAGGUGUACCAGAAGGGUUGUCGACUGCAUUUAAUGCUCAUGUACGUCGACUGCCUUGAUCUGUCCACCGUGGACUUCACUGGGACAGGAGGCCUGCCGCCUGCGCACAAGUUUGCUGUUUCUGCGUGGACUAUUGAUGCUGUCAAGGCCGUGCUUGCUGCAGACAGGGUAACUGAUAGCAAAUAUGGUAAACUGCAGGUUAGUUCUUCUUUUUUUUGCAACACAUGA